GUGAGAGGUUCAUCUACUCCUUGGACCAGCGCGCUGCCGGACGAGAGGAGGAGGAGGGUGGGUAAGAUGGCGGCUACUGCAGCCGGUGUGGGCCGGCUAGAGGAAGAGGCGUUGCGGCGAAAAGAACGACUGAAAGCCUUGCGAGAGAAAACCGGGCGCAAGGACAAGGAAGAUGGGGAGCCAAAGACCAAGCAGCUCAGAGAAGGGGAGGAGGAAAGCGAGAAGCACAGGGAACUCAGACUGCGGAACUAUGUCCCAGAGGAUGAGGAGCUGAAGAAGAGGAGGGUGCCCCAAGCCAAACCAGUUGCAGUGGAAGAGAAGGUGAGGGAGCAGCUGGAGGCCGCCAAGCCGGAGCCCAUCAUCGAGGAAGUGGACCUGGCCAACCUCGCACCCCGGAAGCCUGACUGGGACCUCAAGAGAGAUGUAGCCAAGAAGCUGGAGAAGCUAGAAAAGCGGACCCAGAGGGCCAUCGCUGAGCUGAUCCGUGAGAGGCUGAAAGGCCAGGAGGACAGCCUGGCCUCUGCAGUGGACGCCACCGCCGAACAAGAAGCCUGUGACUCUGACUGAGGCACACCCUGUCACCUCACCCCCUGUCAGGCAUGUCCUGUAGCGGGGUCUCCUGAGUGGCCUUUACCAGCCCGGGCAGGGGCAGGGCCAGCCGCAACGCUAUGGGUUGGCUGUGUCUGUACAUAUGUAUGUGUGUUAAACCUUUUUUUUUUAAAUCUCUGGAAAUAGAAGCAAGCAGACCCCUCUGUGUGGCACAAAUCUAUCAAAUAUUUUCUGAGUCCUUGGGGGUGCUGUGGAUCUGGGCCUGAAGACAGGGUGGCUACAGAGAUGAUGCUUAACAUAAGUAAGCUCUGUGCUGGGCUGAGCACGUCAAGGCUGGAGGGUGGGGAUGGCCCUGACCUGACCUUCUGGACCUGGUCCUGGGCCAGUCUUUGGUCCAUGGUGUCAUCUCAAUCCCUGGGGGACAGAGACAAGGCCUCGGAGAGUUCUCUGAAGACCUCCCACAGGCAUAUGCCGAGCAGGAGUCCGGGGGGACAGCCUGGGAAGACUCCCACCCUGGCCCUCUGUGGAGCCCUUCACAGUGGGAGAGAGGGAAGAGAUGGGGCCCACGAAAGGGGGAACUAUGCCCUGGCAACCCUGAACUCGGGGGUUCUCUAGAUUCAAGUUCCCAGGCCCUGUUCUUUUUCAUUCUUCCCAGCCCCGGGCAGCUCCUCUGCCCAUUUCACCAGUCAGACAUAGACUCUGGCUUCCCUGGGACACCCCCUGGCUGGGGGAGGAUGGCCCACUUCACUAGAGACCAGGGUACUGUAGGUUGGGUGUGGUCUUGGACCCUGGACCCCCAAGGUCUUGGCUUUAGGACCACGAGCUGCCUCUGUGGAGCUGCCUCUCCAGGGUGACUAGGUGGCCGCAGCUCUGACUCCAGGUACCUGUGGCCAGCUGGAAUUCAUCUCCUCCAGAAUGAUCACAUCCUCGAGCUUCCUUCAGGGAUUCUUGUUGAGCCUCCUGUCCCUGCCUGGAGUCAUCCCAGUGUGCUCUUCCCUCUGCUGAGUCCCAGCUACAAGCGGCCCAGCUGUCAUAGACAGUGCCAGGACUCGAGCCAUAGCAAUGGAGCGAUUGCACGCACGCAGUGAACAGCACACUCAUACAGUGAAAUAAAUGCUCUCAAGACUAUGCAACUGUCCUAAGAAGGUAAUGCUUAUGUAGAAAAGGAGCAGAAACUUGUAGCUGUGAGUGAGGGCUGAUGUGGUAGGUGGCUGGCUGUUAUGAUGAGCAGUAGAACAAGACGAGGACUCUGAUCUCACACGGGACAGGAUUCAGACAUGUCCACAGGUGUCAGGACUGGAACCAGGCACCCUCUGCAUAGCUGGGGUCUGGAACUGGGCUUCCUGUUCUAGGAAAAAAGUAUGGAAGAUGCCCCUCAUCUCCUGCAAGAUGGAAAGAUCCUGCAGUUGAAAGCAGAUGCUGGUCUGUGGCAGUGUAGGGCUCAGACACCUGGUGACUGGCAACUAGGCCCUGCUGAGCAUGAGGGCUGGGACUAGAGUAAGGAUAACCCUAUGGUAUGAGAGCUCAGAGAGCUAUUGAAAGUUUGUUCCUGCAUUUAUGGCCCUGUGUGCCCUACAAAAUAACUGGCCUAUGGGGUAAAGAAGAACAAAACUAUCAUGCAUGAAGGGCACUUAAGCAAAAAAUUACAAAAUAUGUGGGAAGAACAGAUGCCUUAAAGAAUGGCAAACAAGUGGGAGAAUUUAUACUCAAGAAAACUGAAAGUAUAACAUGUUAACAGGCUUUAAAAUGAGUGUUUAUUUUAUUACCAAAGAGAUAAAAGAAGAACUAACCCCAAUAUGAGAAAAGGGAUUAGGCAUAAGAAAGAAUUGAUUAGGACUCUCAGAAAUAAAGAAUGCUCAUUAGAAUAAACUCACUAGAAGAGCUAAAUAAUAACCAACAGUCAAAUAAGGGAUUAACAAAUUGGAAGUUAAGGCUGACGAUCUAAAAGGUGGCAAACAGAGAUGAAGAAGGCGAGAUAGAGGGUAGAUUGAGAACCUUGACAUGCUGAUAGGUGUCCUGUAGCUGGCAAGAGUUCGGGACCAGAAGCUGGAGAAAGAAGGUACUUGAAGAAGGAAUGUCAGAUCACUUCUGUUUCUGGCGUCAUAGCAGGACAGUUGCCUAGACUGAUCCUCCCUUUGCAAACAGAUAAAAAAUACUAGUAAUAUAAAUAAUGAUAACAAAUAUUUCUUAAAUGCCUCAAUGAUCUGGCAAGAAAAUAAGGAAGGCUCAGGCAAAAAGGUAAGAAAAGCAGCAGGUGCUGAAGCCUGGCUUUAUGUGGGUUUGCACAUGAAAAACCUCAAGCCAAGGAUGUGAAAUGGUCCUGGAAUGUGGUUGUCUUAGGCACUUGAUAGGAGAUGUAGAUCUUACCUGAAUGAACCCUUAUUCAUCUCAGCCCCUAAAGAAUCCCCACCAGUAAUGUUCCAAGAAAAAUGAGCAACUUACAGAUAACUUAACCAGAAUACACUAGUCAACAAAGCACCUAGAGGAAGAGACAUCAAAAAGAACAUGGUAGAAUCAGACUUGCAAAGAAUUUAGACAUCAGAAUUAGCCAGAUAAUAUAAAUGUUUUUAAAUGAUUUAAGGAGUAAAAGAGAGGCUUGACAAUGAGAAUUGUGAAGGCAAAAGAGCCCAAGUGGUGUUCUGGAAAUAAAAAGUAUUAUAGCAGUUGAGAAGUCUUGUAUCUGAAUUAAAGCUAAAGAGACAAUCUGUGAUUGGGAAGCUAGAUCUGUAGAGGUUAUCCAGAAUGCAGCCCAGUGAGAUCAACUUAAGAGAGAUGGAUAUAGAGUGAGAAGUUCCAACAUGAUAUGUGACUGGAGUUCCAGGAGAAAAAAUUUAAAAAGCAACAAUGGAGCAAAAUAGAGCAAAGGUAAUAUAUUUUUUUUAUGACAUGAACUUUUCAUCUUCACCAAUCCAGGAGUUAAGGAGGUCAGCAAAUCUCAAGCAUGGCAACAAAAAGCAAUCUACACUCAAAUGUUCUUUCUGUCUCUUGAUAUGGGUGGUGAUCAUAAAGUAUAUUCACUUUAUGAAUAUUUAUUGAGCUGUAUACAACAUUUGAAUACUUGUUAUAUGUUUCUUACAGCUCAGUAAGCAAGUUGGCUUAAAACUUUUUUCACACCUUGUGUAAUGAAUGAUCAAUUGCUGCAUACAAAUUAAUCAGAAACUCAGUGGCUUAGAACAACAAAUAAAUCUGACAAUUUCUGUGGGUCAGGAAUUCAGGAGAGGCUUAGCUGGUAGUUGUAGCUUGGGGCUCUGAGGCUACAGGCAUCUGAAGGCUCAGCUGGGGCCAAAGGAUCUGCUUCCAGGGCUGUGUCCACUCCCAGUGCUCACAGGAACGCUGAUAGAAGCAUAGCCCACACUCAAGUCCUUACCACAUGGUCCUCUCUGUAAAACUUGGCUAGAGUGUUGCCAUGUCAACUGGCCUUCCCCAGAGUGAGCAAAGAGAGAAAGCAGGAGGAAGUUUCAGGGCCUUUUAUGACCUGGCCUUAGAAGUGGUAUUCUGUCACAUUCUGUUUGUUAGAAGCAAGUGACUAUGUCCAGCCCACACUCAAGCGGUGAAGAAUUAGGUUCCAUCUCUGGAAGGGAGGUCUGCCUAAGAAUUUGUGGACUAUUUUAAAACUAUUAUAUACCUAGACACAUUAUAAUAAAUUGGCAGAACGAAAGACCAAGAGAAGAUCGUAAAAUGAGAAAAGAUGUAUUAUUUGCCCUGCAAGGAGCAACAAGGCAGCAGAUGUCUCAACCACAGCCAGUGUUCAGUGAGGUGAUACCUUCCCAUAUCCCUGUUAACUUGAUGAAAUUGUCAACUUAAAAUUAUAUACUGGGAGAAAAUACCUGACAAGAUAUUUUUAGGCAAAACCAGAGGUUUUUUCCCACGAGCAGCCUCACUCUAAAAGAAAAUCUUUGGGGGUAAUGAACAUACUCUAAAAUGGAUUGUGGUGAUUGUUGCACAAAUAGGUGAAUAUGCUAAAAGCCACUGGGUUUGUACACUUUAAAUGGAUGAACUGUGAGAGAUGUGCAUCUCAAUGAAGCUAAAUGAUGAAACAGAAGCAUUCUCUUUUUUAAAAAACUUCUAAAGGAGUUUCUUCAGCUUGUCCCUUGAAGGGACAUGAUUCCAGAUGGAAAAUCUGAGGUAUGAAAAGGGAUGAAAAGAAGAAAGUGUAAAUUUAAGUAAGCAAUGGCCUUACAAAACAAAAAUGUUUAUGGAAUAAAAGUAAAACGGGCUGCUUAGACUACAUAACAACAAUAGGAUAUAAGUCCAGAGGUGAGCGGGGCUUGGAGUAACAGCCCUCUUCGAAGCCCACUCAGAAGAGAAAAGACUUGAGUUAAUAAGACUGGUGUGUAGGCAGGCUGACGUUCCUAGGGUAGCUCUUUCAAAAGAGUAGAAGCAGAGUACUACUUCCAAAGCAACUGAGGAAAAAAAUGGGAUGAGAAAAAAUGGGAAAAGUAAAUGAAUCCAAAUGUAUCAUUAAUUAAAUUAGUAUACUAAAUCACUAUUUUUUAACUCAGUUUGUUGCCAUUUAAAAAAAGAAACCCAACCCAAACAGAAAGAUGAAAAGUAAAGGGAUUAGAAAAGCUGUAUCAAGCUCAGAACCAAAGGAAGCUGAGGCAGUGGAGGAAGGUCGGGGAGGCAGAGCUGCAGCUGGAUGUGGGGUGCUGUGGGGCGGCGGCCUCUCACCUGCCACAUGCAGAAAGGGGAGCGCGUGCACACCCUGUGGCCAGCAGUUCCGCUCUUAGUGUCCUAGAGAGCUGCACAGGGUACAUCAGGAGCCGGCACAGGAGUGCUUGUUCGUAAUACCACACACAGAACAAAACAGAUGUGAUAUGUUGUGAUUCUCAGUGGGAUACUCGAGUGAUGAAAUGAACUUCAGCCACUCACAAGACUGUGUCUAGAUUUCCAAAGAAGCAAGACACGGAAGAAACAGUAAAGAAGCCAUUUGUGUGAUGUUCCAAAACAGGCAGAGUAAAGCAGUAUUCUAAGAUUACACACAUGGAUGGCUGCAUCAGCGCAGAAAAGCGAGGUGAUGAACCUCCAUACCAGGCUUGCAGGGAGCUCUGGGAGGGGCCCUUUGGGGUAUUGAUGUUCUUGGCUUGAGUGAUGGGAAUUAAUUGUAUUCUCUAUUCAUUUUAUACACUUUUUUGUAUAUAUGCUGUAUUUCAUACACAAAUUUCUCAAAGAGGAAUUUUCAGAAUUCACAGCCUAAAUUACUACUUGAUGAGUUUGAAGUAGUUUUUUUAAUGGCCUCGUGCAGUUUUUCGGUGGUCUAGAUGAGAGCAUGGAGUGUAAAAAAAAUUAAAGUUUCGUGGGAAAGAAAGAUUACCUGUGAGUGAGUUUCAUUUUUCAUCAAUAGUAGAUACUAGAGGACAAUUUUUUCCUAAGUGCUAAGGAAACAAAUAUCAAUCUGCUUAAUUAUAAAUAAGAAGGGCAAGAUAGACAUUUUCAGGCUUAUGAUACCCAGUGUUUACUGUGCACAGAUCUUUGAUGAAAGAACUAAAGAAAGGAUGCUGCCUAGCAAGAGGCCCCGGGGAGGGGCCAGGUAGAGGGCUAUGGGAAUCAGGACUACACCUGGCACGCAUUCGCAAACAGCAUCUUGGAACAGGGAGGGGGUUAUUGUUCUUGUGUUAAGUCCAAGGUGGUACAGUGACCCCUUGAGGCCACCAGGGACACGAGUCACUUCUGUCUCCCAGCUGCCAUCGUUCACUGCCUAGGAGCCUUUGUACUCCCAGGUUUAAGCUACAGGCAGGAGAGGGACGGGUGAAGGGCAAGCCAGGUGGAGAAAGCGUGGCUUCAAGCCCAGUCCACCAGGCUUGCCUUCACAUUUGAUCAGCCAUUACUGUGUCAGAUCCAACCCUAACUGCAGACAUGUGGGAAGUCAGGGUCUUUUAAGCUGGGCAUAAUGCCACCAUGACUGAAACUGAGGUCUGUAAGAAAGGUAGAAAAGUGGGAAGGCAGCCAGCAGUGCCUGCCACAGGAUGUAGGAAGAAGUGGUGAGCGGAGAGACUGGCAAACAUUGCAGAAAUCAAUAAUUGGCUAACCUCUAGCGAGAUCGACAAAGACAUGAUGAAUCCCAAGAAUGAAAUAAGGCUACCUCUACAGAUGCCACAGACAUCAGAAAGACAGUAAGGGGAUAUUGUAAAACAAUUACCCACACAAAUCUCACAAGUCGGUGAAGUGGACCGGUUCCUUGAAAGGCACAAACUACUGUAAUUCACUAAAAUAAAAUACUUAUGUAGCUCUAACUAUUAAGGAUAUUGCAUUCAUAAUUCAUAAACCCCUGAGAGAAAAAUCUCCAAGCCCAGGUGCUUUUACUGGAGAAUCAAUAUACAGGUUUAAUGCAAUUCCUAUCAAAAUCCCAAGAAGAUAGAGAUAAGAUUAUUCUAAAAUGUAUCAGGAAAGGUAAAACUUGAAGCUUAAACAAUUUUUAACUAGAAAAAUGAAGCAGGAGGGGUCACUACCCAUUUUGAGACUUAUUUUACAGCCACAGUAGUCAAGAUAGUGGUAUUGGAAAGACAGGUGCAUACAUAAGUGGAAGGAAAUGGAGAACUCAGAAGCAGGCCCCCCCAAGUACAGCCAACUACUUUUUGAUAAAGGUGCCAGAUGAGCUCAGUGGAAGGAGGAUAGUCUUCUGCAAAUGGUGCUGGAACGACUGGACAUCCAUAAGCCAAAAAAAGACACCCAACCAAAAUCUCAGAUCUUGGACAAAUAUCUAAGGAAACCUUCAGGAUCUAGAGGUUGGUGACAAGUUCUUAGACUUGAGACUAAAAGCACAAUCCAUAAAGAAAAAAACUGAUAAAUUUGACUUAACCAAAAUGAAAAGCUUUUGCACCAACAAAUAUCUUGUUAAGAGAAUGAAAAGAAAAGGUACAGACUGAGAAAAUACUGGCAAACCUUAUUAUCUGAUAAAGAACUCAUAUCUGUAAAGAACUCUCCAGCUCAACAGUAAAAAAAUAAAAUCCAAUCGCAGAAUGGGCAAAAGACAUGAGAUGUUUCACCAAAGAGGAAAUAUAAAUGGCAAACACAUGGAAGAUGUUCAGCGUUACUAGCCAUUAGGGAAAUGCAAAUUAAGAUCAAGAUUGAUACUGCAUACCUAUUAGAACAAUUUAAAUAAAAGAUGGUGGUAAAAUCAAAUGUUGGCAUGGAUCUGGAGAAGCUGAAACUUGUAUAGUUGUGCUUGGUGGGACUGUAAAUUGACAGUUACUCUGUAAAGUAGUUUGGCAGUUUGUUAAAUACAACCGAGCAUCCAUCCUCUGGGUACUUAUCUCAGAGAAGGAAGAACUAUGUGCACACAAAUGGACAUAGCAAAUAUAAAAACUAUAUACACAAAUGUGCCUAGCAGCUUUAUUUAUGAUCACCAAAAGCUAGAGAGAGAGAGAAAAAAAACAGUGCCACAUACAUUACUGCUUAAUGAAUGCUGAAUGAUUUGAAUUUGUUGUUCAGGGUACAUCAGUUUUAAAAAAAUGAGCCCAGAUCUUCAACUUAAUGGAGGUCACCAAAUCCUCCUCAGAUGAAGAUCUAGAUCUUAAUUUCCCUUUCUGCAGUUUGGAAUUACAACACAAAAGUGGGUGAAAAGGUAUAAAUUUCUGACAUGUAGCAUGCAACGUAUGAGAAAGCAUUACUUUUAGUCCUGUCCUUUUGGUAGCAAUGAAAUGGAAAAUUAAGUAAGUUCUUACUGUUCUUGGAAAAAAAAAAAAAAAAAGCCAACCAGCCCACAAAAUGGCCUCCAGGGCCUGGUGAAAUCAUGGCGCAUCCAUCUCGUGGAACAGGACCUAGUGAUUAAAGGGAACACACUUGAUAAAGUGAGUGACUUGAAUGGGUCUCAAGGGUAUAAUGCCAAGUGAAAAUAUAUCAGAAGGUCACAUACUGCAUAUAAUCCCCUGUUUAUGUAACAUUCUUGAAGUGAUGACAAAGAGGAACGGAUCUGUGGUUACCAGGGACUGGGAAUGCAAGGGGCAAGUGUGACUAUGUAUAAAGGGGGAGCUUGCAGGUCUUUGUGGUGAUAGAACAGUCAUUGGUGGUGGUGAUUACAUGACUCUACACAUGAUAAAAUGUAGUGGAACUGUACACACGUGCUUGUGCCACAUUCCUGGUUUUCAUGUACCCACUGGGAAAGGACAUGGCCACUGGGGGAAGCUAGUGGGGUGAGUGGUACCCAGGAGUGCUCUGUACUAACUUUUAACUUCUGUGAAAUUUGAAAGGAAUUUCUAAAAUAUUUUCAGUGGUGAGUGAAUAAAAUGGUAAAACAUGUU